CUUACAGUCAGAGCAGGAGGAGGAAAACCAGACUGACUGAAGAUGAGUGGUUUGGAGGAAGAGGAGGGCAGGGCAGAGUCUCCAGGAUCCAGCUGUCUGUCUAUGAAGAGUGAUUGGUCCAAAGAGUUUCCUCCAUUCUUCAGUAAUGAAGCGUCAGACACAAAAGGUCAGCAGCACAGACACACAGCAGAGUCUUCAGUAUCCAGCUGUCUGUCUAUGAAGAGUGAUGAGUCCAAAGGUCAUCCUCCACUCUUCAGUAAUGAACCUGGACCCCAGUGUGGAGAAAGAUCCAGAACCAGAGCUGGACUGCAGACAGCCAGUCAGAGCAGCUGUGUACAAAAUCCUGGUCUGCAGGAGGUUUUAGAGGAACAUAAGAUCAGUCUGAGGAGGAGAUGUGAACAUGUGACUGAAGGAAGUGAUGAAACAGGAAGUAGAACCCUCCUGAACAGGAUCUACACUGAGCUCUACAUCACAGAGGGACAGAGUGAAGAGGUUCAUACCCAACAUGAGGUGAGGCAGCUGGAGACAGCCUCCAAGAAGAAGACCCUCCAUGACACUCCAAUCAGGUGCCACGACAUCUUUAAAGCCUUCCCUGACCAACAGGGACCCAUCAGAGUGGUUCUGACCAACGGCGUCGCUGGUGUUGGAAAAACCUUCUCAGUGCAGAAGUUCACUCUGGACUGGGCAGAGGGCUUGGAGAACCAACAUGUCAGUGUGGUGAUUCUGCUUUCAUUCAGGGAGCUGAACCUGAUCCCAGAUCAGCAGUACAGUCUUCUGGAGCUGCUCCAUGUUUUCCAUCCAACAUUACAGAAGGUCCCAGCAGAGAAGCUCGCUGUCUGUAAACUUCUGUUCAUCUUUGACGGCCUGGAUGAAAGCAGACUUUCACUGGAUUUCACCAACAGGAAGCUCGUGUCUGAUGUCACACAGAAGUCAUCAGUCAAUGUGCUGCUGACAAACCUCAUCGAGGGGAAUCUGCUUCCCUCGGCUCUCAUCUGGAUAACUUCCCGACCUGCAGCAGCCAAUCAGAUCCCUCCUAAUCAUGUCCACAGGUUCACAGAAGUACAAGGCUUCACUGAUGCUCAGAAGGAGGAGUACUUCAGGAGGAGGUUCAGUGAUGAAGAGCUGUCCAGCAGAAUCAUCUCCCACAUGAAGACAUCCAGGAGCCUCCACAUCAUGUGCAGAAUCCCAGUCUUCUGCUGGAUCACUGCUACAGUUCUGGAGCACAUGUUGACUACAGAGCAGAGAGGAGAGCUGCCCAAGACCCUGACUGACAUGUACUCACACUUCCUGCUGGUUCAGACAAAGAGGAAGAAGAACAAGUACCAUGAGGGACAUGAGACGAGUCCUCAGGAGCUGAUGGAGGCUGACAGGGAAGUUCUUCUGAAGCUGGGGAGGCUGGCGUUUGAACAUCUGGAGAAAGGAAACCUCAUGUUUUAUCAAGAAGACCUGGAGCAGUGUGGUCUGGAUGUGACAGAGGCCUCGGUGUACUCAGGAGUUUGUACAGAGAUCUUCAAAAGAGAGUGUGUGAUCUUCCAGAAACCAGUCUACUGCUUUGUUCAUCUGAGCAUUCAGGAGUUUCUGGCUGCAGUCUACAUGUUCCACUGUUUCACCAACAGGAAGACAGAGGUGCUGAAGGACUUCCUGGGGGACGUCUUAAAAAAAAAAGAAAACAGUGACUCAAACCCAAAGUCAUUUAAAGAGAAGAUUUUUAUGUUCUUCGGAUUUGGUGAUCAGUGUUUCACAUCUCUGGACGUCUUUCUGAGCAGAGUCAUGGAGAAAUCCUUGAAGAGUAAAAACGGCCACCUGGACCUGUUUGUUCGCUUCCUUCAUGGCCUCUCUCUGGAGUCCAACCAGAGACUCGUAGGAGGUCUGCUGGGUCAGACAGAGAACAGCCCAGAAAUCAUCCAGAGAGCCAUCAACAACCUGAAGAAGAUGAACAGUGAUCAAAUCUCUCCUGACAGAAGCAUCAAAAUCUUCCACUGUCUGAUGGAGAUGAAGGACCUCUCAGUACAUCAGGAGAUCCAAGAGUUCCUGAAGUCAAAGAACAGAUCAGAGAUACUCUCUGUGUUCCAGUGCUCAGCUCUGGCCUACAUGCUGCAGAUGUCAGAGGAGGUUCUGGAUGAGUUGGACCUGAAGAAGUACAACACAUCAAACGAGGGACGAUGGAGACUGAUCCCAGCUGUGAGGAACUGCAGAAAGGCUCAACUUUCUGACUGUGGACUCUCAGAGACUCACUGUGAAGUUGUAGCUUCAGCUCUGAAGUCCAACCCCUCCCAUCUGACAUAUCUGAACCUGAGCUGGAACAAGCUGCAGGAUUCAGGAGUGAAGCUGUUGUCUGCUGGAUUAAAGAGUCCAAACUGUAAACUGGAGACUCUGCUAUUGCAGAGCUGCAGCCUGUCAGAGAUCAGCUGUGUGUCUCUGAUCUCAGCUCUGAAGUCUAACCCCUCCCAUCUGAGAGAGCUGGACCUGGAUCACAACAAGCUGCAGGAUUCAGGAGUGAAGCAGCUGUGUGGUUUUCUGAAGAGUCCAGAAUGUAGACUGCAGACUCUGAGAUUGCAGAGCUGCAGCCUGUCAAAGAUCAGCUGUGUGUCUCUGAGCUCAGCUCUGAAGUCCAACCCCUCCCAUCUGAGAGAGCUGGACCUGAGUAACAACAAGCGGCAGGAUUCAGGAGUGAAGCAGCUGUGUGGUUUUCUGGAGAGUCCAGAAUGUAGACUGCAGACUCUGAGAUUGCAGAGCUGCAGCCUGUCAGAGAUCAGCUGUGUGUCUCUGAGCUCAGCUCUGAAGUCCAACCCCUCCCAUCUGAGAGAGCUGAACCUGAGUAACAACAAUCUGCAGGAUUCAGGAGUGAAGCAGCUGUGUGGUUUUCUGGAGAGUCCAGAAUGUAGACUGCAGACUCUGAGCUUGUGGAGCUGCAGCCUGUCAGAGAUCAGCUGUGUGUCUCUGAGCUCAGCUCUGAAGUCCAACCCCUCCCAUCUGAGAGAGCUGAACCUGAAUAACAACAAGCUGCAGGAUUCAGGAGUGAAGCAGCUGUGUGGUUUUCUGAAGAGUCCAGAAUGUAGACUGCAGACUCUGAGUUUGAUAUGCUGCAGUUUGACAGAGAUCAGCUGUUCAUCUUUGGCUGCAGCUCUGAAGUCCAACCCCUCCCAUCUGACAACUCUGAACCUGUUCAGAAACAACCUGCAGGAAUCAGAUGUGAAGCAGCUAUCUGAUCUUAAGAAGAGUGCAGUCUGUAGUCUGAAGGAUCUGAGUCCGGCCUCAUUGAAGAUCGUCACUGAGGGCCAAGUCGUGAUGGACAGAGUUACAGAUCUGCUAAAAGCUAUCUGCUUCCUGUUUGGACUUUCAGAUGCACUUCCUCUCAGCUCCCUCGAGUCUAUGAAGAGCACAUUCCUGUUCAUCCAGCAGGGACUUCUCACAAAGGGCCUCAGAACUAAAACCAGGUAA